AUGCGCACAAACUGUAGGUGCUGGAACAUUGGAUUCGUGUCGGCAACCAUGUUAGUGUGGGCUUUCCUGUUCCUUUCGAAGGUUGCAUAUGAACCACGUUUUGCAAUCUGCAGCGUCAAAGAGAAGGCGGGUCGACCGAGGAGAGUCUGCCCCGUUUGGCCCUACAUCAGGUCCAGCGGACUUCUGUGGAUCUUUCUAUGCCCCCGGAGGAGGGACGCAGCCGGGCUCUUCAUCAGGCUGCCAGAUACAAUGGCUCCCUUAUGGCAGGAGCUGCCGUUCUUCAGCGUGCUUGUCAGUCUUAUGAGCACAAUUGCAGCACGCACGCUGGGCCAGCCUCUCCCCUUUGCACGCCGGUCGCAUCAGAUGGAUACUGAGGACGAUGAUAGAGUUUACCUCAUUGUUGGAUUGUCCUCUUUGGACAUUUCGGAGGAUCUCCUUCCAAUUGAGAAGGAUAUGACUGGCAAAUUCUACAUCAAGCCUUGCAGCCUGGCCUGGUGGAACUCCUUCUAUCAGGAUGUUGCGUCAGAUGAAGCCAGAUGGCAUAAGUUGCUAAGGGUGAGCAGAGGAACUUUCCAAGAGCUAGAAGAGGAACUCAAAGAAGCUCUGGAAACUAACGUUCCCAAGUUUAGCUUCUCGAAGAUCCCCAAUCGAAUCUUGACAGUAGACCGCCAGCUUGCUAUGACUCUCCAUCGCUUAGCAACGGGCAAUUCUGCAUUUACCAUCAGUGAGCUCUUUGGUGUAAGCGAGCCUACGCUCUAUCUCACAGUUAGGAAGGUCUGCAGUUCCAUUUGGUACAAGCUCAAGCCUCAGCACGUCUUCCUGCCAUCAACUCCAGCAGGCAUGCAGAAGGUCAUAGAUGGGUUUGAGGAGAAAAGGGGGCUGCCAAACUGCUGUGGGGCAAUUGAUUGCACCCACUUCGUCCUUGAGCUGCCAAACAAGGAGACAUCCACAUGCUGGUUCGAUCGAGACCACAACUACAGUAUGAUCAUGCAAGGGCUGGUGGAUGCAGACGGAAAGUUUUUAGACGUUUGCAUUGGCUGGCCUGGAAGCACAAAUGACUCAAGGGUCCUCAGGAAUUCGGAGUUAUGCCACAAGAUCAUCAAUCAAGAGUGGCUACAGGGCCCCACUAAAAGGCUACGGGGGUGUGAUGUUGGCCAGUACAUUGUCGGAGACUCCGGCUUUCCAGCUUACAGCUGGCUAGUUGUUCCAUAUCCAGGGGACCAUCUUCCUGAAGUCCGCGACCGCUUCAACUACUUCCACUCAUCCACGAGAAUUAUUGUCGAAUGCGCCUUUGGAAGGUUGAAGGGCAUUUGGAGGAUCCUGUUGCGGAGGAUCUACAAGCCAGACAUCAAGUUCCUCCCCAUUACCAUUGGGGCCUGCGUUGUGCUGCACAACAUGAUGCUGCAAAACGGGGACUACGUCAACGAGCGGUUGAUCCCUUUGCCUGACGAGCCGGAGCCGGCGGGACCAAACGGAGGGCGCGGAAACCAAGAUGCGGCGAGCGUGAGAGAUGCUUUAGCAGAGUAUCUCUUUUGGAAUUGCUGA